UCAAGACUCAGUUUAGUUGCUGCACUUGACGCGUCUGGUUCUGUUUUCGAACACUGCGGAACGCACCAAGAACCAACCGUAGAAGGCUAAGUCCAAGAACCGACUACAAGAAGCGAUCAAGCGGAAAUGGAUUAUCGUUUAGUGCUGAAAAUUCUCAGCUUUCUGCUGUUGGCCCAUUUGGCCCAAACCCAGCAGCAGUCGCCAUCGGACUACACCGAGGAUCAACCCCCGGAGGGCUACUAUGCCUUCGUCGAGUCUCCGAAUGCUGUGCCUCCCAAGGUCAGGCCGCCCCCAUACACCUUUGUUAAUGCUGAGUGCAAGGAUGUGGCCGCCGGCAAAAAGUCCGCCGUGUCCGUUCACAACAUUUGUGGGGAUCUGAACAAGGGUCAGAUUCCCAAAAAUCCGCUAGGACAGAAUGUGUUCGGAGAGCCCUAUCCAUUCGAACUCAUUCGAAACCAAACGCUUAAGUUCCUUUCGAAGACCUUGCCUGUUCUCAAGGCCGACGACACUCUGCCCAAGGUCACACAGAUUAUUCGCGAUGAGCCCGUGGAGCAGCUGGACAACAAUAACAUUGACAGACCUUAUCCGACAGGAGGAUCAACCCGCGUCCGCCGUAGUCUGCCGGAGGGCGUCGAGUCCAACGAGUACAGCUACUUUGAUCCCGCCCUAGAUGAGGAGGAGCAGCAUAAGCAAAGGGAACGGAAUCACCAGCAACGCAGAGCCGCUGAGGAGAGGAAGCCAAGAAAGUUUUGUGACGGUGGAGGAGUAUUCUGCACCUUAUACAGGGCUAUACAGGGAGAUACCGGGGGAGCUUCCCCUGCCACGCCUACUGCGGAGCGCCGUGAGGAGGUGGGUCCCAUCCGGUACGAGGGUCCACCCACUCCGUGUCCUGCUAAGGUGGAGUACGCAACUCCCGUUUUCGCCAAGAACUACCAAGGUGCCUGGCGGUAUGUGGUUCAGAUUCCCUACGAGGGCUACUUCACUCAGACGGUGGAGGUGACGCGCUGCAUCCAAGCACGAUGUCAUUAUCUGGACGGUGGUUGCCUGUCCUCACCACGCUGGGUUAGCCUACUAGUUGCAGAGAUCUUCUACCCCAAUGCGGAGGAUACGGUGCCAACCAGCUCGACCACCACGCAAGCCCCUUCGGUUCAAGACUUCCAGGCCUAUCAGCAAUAUCUGCAAAAGCGAGCCGGCGUGGCCACCGCCUCUGACGGCACCUCCUCCGGAGCACCUGGCUCGUCGGCAGCUUCGGAUGCCCACUGCGAUGGACAGGACGAGCUGGGCUGCUUCCAGGUGCGCCUCUACUACGACUGGUUCCUCAUCCCCGGCUCCUGCAAGUGUUGGCGUCCAGAUUACUUCGCCAAGUACGUGCGCCGAAAGUCGGUGGCCGAUCUGUGAGCACAGUCUGGACCAGACUUGUCAACGAGAUUCUUAAAAUAAACUUAAAUCCUAGCAAUUAGUGUAAAACAACAUUAAGAUGAAAGGCUCAUUCUAGUAAUCCGUCAGAGGGCCUCUUGCGGCCCACUGGAUCACGCAGAGUUUGCAGUUCAUGCCACAGAUACUAGAUACAGCUACCAGAUACAUUAUUAACCUAGGCGAUUAGCUCCCUCUUUCGACUGAUUAAGCCAAGCGCAUUGCAUUUCUACUAAUAAAUACGUUUCUACUUAAAUCUU